AUGUCAGCUCAAGUCAUUCACCCAUCCAAGCUGAAGAGUCCUUACACCCAGGAGCAAGUAGCUGGUGAGUGUGAUCCCCCAGUGCAAUGUGGCGCAGAGCGACCUGUCUAGUGGCGACCCGAGCUCACCAUCUCUCCGACACGUUCCUCGUUACUGCUAUGCAGCUGUCAAGAAGGAUGUCGAGGCCAUCUUGAAGAACAAGGACUACGACGAUGGCUCCAUCGGACCUGUCCUCGUCCGUCUGGCUUGGCACUCGUCGUGAGUACAGCGUUGAAGUCUUUUGAGUUCUGGCUUGCAGGCGGACUCGCAGAGCUUCAGCUUCGUGAGCCGAGAAGGAGGAUGUGGACGCGCCAUGUGGUAAUGCUCGGGGCGCGCAAGCAUAGUCAUUCAUGUCCAUCACGCCGUGGCGACAGCAUCAAUUCUUCGCGCUCGGAGGGCUGCAGUCGCCAGCACAAGCUGAUCUUCUUUUGCAUCACUUCCUUGUGACAGAGGUACAUACUGCGCAGAGACCAAGACCGGCGGAAGCAAUGGCGCGGGCAUGAGGUACGAGAAGGAGGGAGGAGACCCGGCGAAUGCAGGCUUGCAGCACGCGCGCGUUUUCCUAGAGCCCAUCAAGGAGAAGCACAGCUGGAUCACCUACGCGGAUCUGUGGACCUUGGCCGGAGUCGUGGCCAUCAAGGCGAUGGGGGGACCCGAAAUCGAGUGGUACCCAGGACGCACCGACUUUGUCGAUGAUGCUCGCGUUCCUCCUCGUGGCAGACUGCCAGAUGCGGCUCAAGCUCAAGAUCAUCUGCGGGCCAUCUUCUACAGAAUGGGCUUCAACGACCAGGAAAUCGUCGCGCUUUCUGGAGCGCACAAUCUCGGCAGGUGUCACGCUGACAGAUCCGGAUUCGAAGGUCCUUGGGUCAACAACCCCACUCGUUUUAGCAACCAGUACUUUAAGUUGCUGAUCAAGCUCAAGUGGGAGAAGAAGCAUCUGGGAAGAGAGGCGCAGGGAGCUCACUGGCAGUGGAUUGCUCGUCUGCCCCACAUGGACGAGGAGGAUGAGCCUCUGAUGAUGCUGCCCACAGACAUGAGUCUCACUUUGGACGACAAGUUCAAACCUUGGGUCGAGAAGUACGCCGAGGACCAAGACUUGUUCUUCAAGGACUUCGCGGCCGUCUUUGGAAAGCUCAUCGAGCUGGGAGUCACUAGAGACGAGUCUGGUCUUGCCAAGCACGAUGGAAAGGCAGGAGAGUACAAGAGCGCUCCUAAGAAGAGCGACUCUCUCGAGGGCCCCAAGUCUAAGUUGUAG